CUGAAAGCAGCAAAGCGCCGCUGCUUCAUGACGUAAAUUUUCUCCGACUCAAGUAGAAAUCGCGAUUUGAUCGUUUGAUCUGAAAAGAACAACAUCAGCGGAGGAUGAACCUAAAUCCUGGCUGGCUGUUGCUUCUCUCCAUCGCUGCCGGGGUCUGGUCGGUGCCUAUUGAUCGCAAUGGAGGCAUCCAAGAAGUUAAAGAGGAAGUACCGGAGGAGAAUGCUGACACAGGCCUGUACUACGACAGGUAUCUCAGAGAGGUGAUCGAGGUUUUGGAGACUGACCCUCACUUCAGAGAAAAACUGCAGACAGCCAACACAGAGGACAUCAAGAAUGGCCGCCUCAGCAAAGAGCUGGACCUGGUCGGUCACCAUGUCAGGACUCGGCUGGAUGAGCUGAAGCGGCAGGAGGUGUCUCGGCUCAGGAUGCUGCUGAAGGCCAAACUGGACAGCACCAACACACAGAGCCUCCAGAUGGACCACGCCUCCCUGUUGAAGCAGUUUGAACAUCUGGAUCCACACAAUCAAAACACGUUUGAGGCGAAAGACCUUGAGCUGCUGAUCUCGACGGCCACCAAGGACCUGGAGAACUACGACGCCGAGAGACACGAGGAGUUCAAACGCUACGAGAUGCUGAAGGAGCACGAGAGGAGAGAGUACCUGAAGGGCCUGGACCUGGAGAAGAGGGAGAAAGAGGAGAAGAGACUGCAAGAGCUGCAGGACAAACACCGGCAGCACCCUAAAGUUAACGCUCCGGGUAGUGUUGCUCAGUUGCGGGAAGUUUGGAAGGAGACAGAUGGCCUGGAUCCACAAGAGUUCAACCCUAAAACCUUCUUCAAACUGCAUGAUACAAACGAAGAUGGGGUUUUAGACGAGCAGGAACUGGAGGCUCUCUUCACGAAGGAGCUGGAGAAGGUCUACGAUCCAAAGAAUGAGGAGGAUGAUAUGAUGGAGAUGGAGGAAGAAAGGCUCAGGAUGAGGGAGCACGUCAUGAAGAAUGUCGAUACAAACAAGGACCGGCUCGUCAGCGUGGAGGAGUUCCUGAAAUCCACAGAGAAGAGGGACUUUCAUAACCCCAGAGAGUGGGAGACUCUGGACACGAAGCCGGCGUACACGGAAGAAGAGCUCCAGCGCUUUGAGGCUGAGCUCAGAGACAAAGAAGAAGAGCUGAAGAGGAGGGCGGAGACGCUGCGGCAGGAGCAGGACCUGCUGAAUGAAAGAGGCAAAGCCCUGGAGGCUCAGAAGAAAGAGUACCAGCAGGCGGUAUUAGAGAUGUCCCAGAGACAGAAGGAGCAGCCGGCAGCAGAUGGGCAGCCCCCUGCAGGCCCUAAUGGAGAACUACAGUUUCAACCACAGGCCCCUAAACCUGAAGUUAACGAGAAUAAAGCUCCAGCUGAGCAAGAAGUUCAAGUCCAGAACAAUCUGCCUGCAGAGCCUCCACAGAAUCUGCCUCUAGAAACUUAACGCAGCACGCUCUGACACACACACACACACGCACACGCACACUCUAAUUUGCACUGACACUGAUAUCCAGAUGGGUUCUACAAACUGAGUAACGUGAGUAGUAUGUGUGAAUUCAGGCGGACUGGACUCGUGAAUCAUGACGUAUCGUACUGUGUGUUCAUGUCUGUGGUCUAUGUUAAAUUAAAGCUCUCGAAACAACAGAUAACAACUGCAUAUGUAUUUUCAGAAAUCUCCAGUUUCAGUGAAGUUUUCAUUCGUGCAGAGUGUUCAGUGUAAAACAGUAACAUCUUCAAAUAAAGUGUUAAUUUAAAACCUA